CGCCCCUUACCUGGCUCGUCGGACAAACCAGUGAUCCUUUGAUUCCGAGUGUGACAGCGGCUGUUACUGUAAUUGCUCUUCAGACUGUACGAUAUCGGCAUAUUACAAAUAUUUUGUAUUUUGUGCCUUUUCAAAUUUGCAUGUUAAUUACACCAGACUGAAGUUUGCUGCUCUCUCCGUCUAAGCUACUUAUUAACCGGUAACAACACCACGGCCAGCUGACGGAACACUGAGCUUGUUAGCAGCAGCUAGCCCAGCUGUCUCUCCAGUCGAACUGCCCUUUGUCUUUAUAAGCAAGUUAGCUAGCUGGCAUUAUUUCUCCUCUUGGUGAGCUGUCACUGGCUUCUGUACUUUUAUUUUUUUUCGCCUGAAAAGAGUUAAGCAAACCAAAAUAGGCGGCUUGGGAACCAAGAUGUCGAACCGAGUGGUGUGCAGAGAAGCAAGUCACGCCGGGAGCUGGUACUCUGCUUCGGGAUCCCAGUUGAAUGCACAACUAGAAGGAUGGCUGUCCAAAGCAGAGUCCACAAUCAGACCUGCAAGAGCCAUCAUAGCACCGCAUGCAGGGUAUACCUACUGUGGUGCUUGUGCAGCACAUGCCUACAAGCAGGUUGAUCCCACUGUUACUCGUAGGGUGUUCAUCCUGGGACCUUCACACCAUGUGCCCCUCUCCCGCUGUGCCCUGUCACCUGCAGAGAUCUAUAGAACACCUCUCUAUGACCUGAGAAUCGACCAGAAGGUUUAUGCUGACCUCUGGAAAACUGGGUUGUUUGAGCGGAUGAGUCUGCAGACAGAUGAAGAUGAGCACAGUAUUGAAAUGCACUUGCCUUACACUGCUAAAGCCAUGGAGAGCCACAAAGACGAGUUUAGCAUCGUCCCUGUGCUUGUGGGUGCCCUGAGUGAGUCCAAGGAACAGGAAUAUGGGAAGCUGCUCAGCAAAUACCUGGCAGACCCUUCCAACCUUUUCAUUAUCUCAUCCGACUUCUGCCACUGGGGUCAACGGUUCCGCUACACAUACUAUGAUGAAUCUCAUGGGGAGAUCUACAGGUCUAUCGAGCAUCUUGAUAAAAUGGGGAUGGGCAUUAUAGAACAGCUGGAUCCUAUGUCUUUCACCAACUACUUGAAGAAGUACCGCAACACCAUCUGUGGGCGUCACCCAAUUGGAGUGCUUCUAAAUGCUGUGGCUGAGCUGAGGAAGUCUGGUUUAGAAAUGAACUUCAGUUUCCUGAACUACGCCCAAUCAAGUGAGUGCAGGAACUGGCAGGACAGCUCCGUGAGUUACGCUGCCGGGGCUCUCAUCGCUCAUUGAGGUCAACUUUCACCAGGGCCACUGCAGCACCGCUGCCCCGCCCUUACUAUCUAUCGCCAUAACCUGACCCAGACACCAUGCCUCUUGCCCCAUCCACAGUUACGCCCACUAUUUUCAGAAAGGACCUAGACACUCAAAGCCAAUACAGUCUUCUUUCUCGGUCUCUCCCACAGCCUUUCUCCACCCUCCUCUCAAUUUGGAGUGCGUCUCAGUUUAUAUAAUAUUUUAGCUUGAAGUGCAGUUUUGAGAUCAUGUAGGAGCAAAUGGUUGGAGGAGAUUGGAAGAGAGUGUAUUAUUUUGGCUCAGAGUAAGCACUGGAAGGGGAGGGAUAUCUUGUUUGGGUUUAGUCCCGUUUGUUUUCCUGACAUGCAAUUUUUACAUUUGGGCUCUUGGCGAUCUUUGCUCAUGUAAUUCGCCUCUAAAAAGGAAGGAAAAUAAAGUUGCAGAUCUUAAUGGAGCAUAUUAAAAUUUUGCCAGAUGAGGGUCUUGACUGCUUCAAGCUACACGUGACUUAAACUUUUGAAAACAGUUUCAUAGGUAAUUACUACCGUUUCUCAACAUUUGUUGUAGUUGCUAACAAAGGGCUGCACCCAACAAAGUUCACUAACCCCCUACUGUACAAAACCAAAAACAUUAUUACCCUGUUUAUUAGCAUCUAUUGUUAUUUUAUUCCUCUUAUUUCUCCCUUUUUUAGUAGUUUUAUUAGAUGUGAUAGUAUUUACUCAAGUAGUGUGUAGAUUUGAACGAAAGCAAUGUUGUCGGUAAAGUUCCAAAGCCAUCAACGUGGUUUACCCAAUAAAUUAGUGUGUGCAACACUG